AAAGAAAAAAGAAAAAAAAAAAACAAGAGCAGGUCGUUGCGAACGAACACACACUGCACAAGAAAAAAGACACAGGGCAGGGGAGGACGAAAAGAGCAGAGUAUCGAGGAUGGAGGGUUGGGUUUGCUCAUGCACUGUGCUGCUUUGUUUACUCCACUGAUGUUGUUACGUCCCCAUCUCAACUAAUUGCUGUCCCUUGCCUCGCCUUUCGCUCCCACACAAAUACCUGCCUAGGUACUUCAGCGUCGCCCUCGAUAUCAGGAUCACCUCCAAAGAAGGACCACCAUCACUAUCAUCAUCUCCAUCAUCAUCAUCGUCAUCACCAUCGCCACUUGAAGCACCAUGAACGUCAACGCACCGCUUCGGGGAGGGCAGGAGAGAGUGGCGUUAUGAAUGUGAAGAGUCGUUGGAAGAGCGAAUAUCUCAGGGUCACGAGCUCCUCGCCUCCGGGGUCGAUUAUCAGCACCAUUUCUGAAACCAUGCCCGAGAUCCUGCCGGAGAUUUUGUCGGAGGACACGACGGCAAUUUUGAACGAAAAAGCACAUAGUAGUGAUGGCACCAGCAAGUAUAAGGGUGCGACGAUUGGCGAUGCGUUGGCAGAGAACGCAAUGACAACAACCGUUAGCAUCGCCACGGUGGAGGUAUCGCCCUCAAUAUCCAGCACUGCAGCAACAACAGCAGGAAUAGAUGAAGAGCAGAAGGGAGAGCUUGCUGUGGUACAAAAGGAAUUGACGCCUGUGCCAAGAGAUACCGAAACCCUUGCUGCAACUGCGUCUGCACCUGCAGUUACAGCCGCCACGGUUGUCGCUGUUGCCAUGGAAGAAGACACCCCAGAUCCGGUGGAGCAGGACCUUCUCUCGAAAUUGGAGGAAUUGAGAAAGGAGAAGAGUCGACUCUUCUCACUCUUCCGGGCGGUUUUACAAAAGAAGGAGAAGGAGGCGCCUAGACCAUCGCCCGCGCCUGCAGAAUCAUCACCGCAGCCUCAGGAGGGUACUGGAGUAACACCGACUGAGAAGCAAGAAGAGCAGCAACAGAAGCCAGUCGUUACCAAUGGAAUCGAACCUGCUGCACCCUCGGCGCCAUACCCACAGGGGACGGUGGCAAGUGGGAUGGCGGUGCUCGCGGAUGUAAAGGAAGAGACAAGGAGACCGGCGAAUGUGAGACGGCCUUCUGAGCAUGAUCAUAACAAGAGGACAGAACCGACAAGGGCAACUGUGAAGAGACGCGAGCACGAGCGUCUGAUUGACCGGUCAAAGCUAAACCUGGAAAUUCCACGGAAACCGAGCACUUCAUCUUUAUCGUCGAGUUCGACGGCGUCAACACCUACGCCGACCAGCACAGCCUUUGCGCUCUUUCAGUCAUCCUCCUCCUCAUCGUCCGCGAUGGCCCACAAAGGAAAACGGCAGCGCAGUAUCACACCAACAUUCGGAAACGGAUCUACUUCAUCAUCAAGUCGAGGAGCAUCGGGUGCUGGUUCGUUCGGUUCUGGAACAGCAAUGAUGCAUGGGGACUCAUUCCCUUCGAAUAAGUAUCCGCGGGCGGAUUACAUGGGAUCCCAUAGUCGAAAUCACAGCAGCAACAGUAAUAUUAGCAGCAGCCAUGUCCACAAUAAUGGAUUACCGGAGAAACCCCAAGUCCGUCAGCUUCACUCCUCGACAUCUUCGUCGUCAUCGUCCAGGAGCAUAAGUUCAGAUGGGUACCAUCAUCACCAUUAUCAUCAUCAUGCGGAAGAUGCGUAUCAUCGGAAUAAGACCGGUGGAGGUGGGCCGUCGUCUUCGUUCUCGAACGUCAAUAGCAGUGGCAGCAAUGGUGCGGGCGGCGGAUCCUAUCGACAGAAUGUACCACAUCCUCCUCCCCCGUCAAUGGGAUAUCAUCCGCCCCCGACUAGAAUCGGGUUCGGGAACAGUAGCGGAGGCAACAGUAGUAUCAGCAGUGCUGGCAGUGGUGGGGGCAGUCGAAGCGGAUAUUAUGGACAUGGCGAUGGAGGAGGAGCGAAUUCAUCGAGCGGCAGUGGGCUGGGCAUUUCAAAACUGGGCCACCAUCCACCUCCUCCAUCGGCGCGUCCACUACCGUUUAAUAGGAGUAUGAUGCAGAUGCCACACGCGCGAGGGAUAAUGAUGAGUCGUGGAGGGUUUGGUUCAGGAGUCGGUCGGGGUGGUGGAGGCGGUGGAGGCGGUGGAGGAGGAGUACCGCCAGAGAGACCCAUGGCAUCGUCGGGUAGACCGGGCGAUUGGGUCCGGAGACGGAGCAAUCGUGCGUGAUAUCGGGUUAUACACGCCGCCUGGAGAGUUUCUUACUCGCCUCUUCUGUUUUCUUUCAUUCUUUGAUGGUCCUUCUUCCCCCAGAGUUUGACAUGUAGCUAAGCAUCCUACCCUUGUCAUCAUCCUCAUCCCCAUUGUACAUAUCCCGCCAUUCACUUUUAUAUUUAUUUCACUAGUAACGAUAAUUUAAAUACACAGUAAUGAUCAGAAAGGCGAA